AUGAAAAUGGAGAUUAUCACUUUACAAUAGACAAUCAGUCUAUUGAUCAAGUAGAAGGAUGAAUAUGCUGAAUAAAUUGAUUAAUUAAAGUUUGAGAAAAAGCGGAUAUUGAAGGCCAACGAUGAUUAUUAAUAAUAGUUGAAAUAGUAUAAGGAGAAGUUCAAAACUCAGGAGAAGAAACGAAAUGCAAUAUCAGUUGACAAUUAUUCCAUGACUUAAUCAAUUGUUGAAAGGAAAACCUUGCCGAAACUAUUCAAAAGUGAACAAAAACCCAAAUUAAAAUUAUGA